AUGGUGUAUUACAUCCGAUUCCUCAAGCCCCCAACAUGGGACAAGAAGAAGAAAGGCAGGGGGUACGAAUACUAUAUAACAUCCUUGAUCACCAUCACCAAUGACCUGGGCAACGAGUUCCUCGCCGAGGAUGUGGAACUAUGCUACACAUGGGUUCGCCAUCCCCAGCUUCAAAUCAAGGCCCAGAAGCUGGAUGAUUGGGAAGCUGGCUCACGCCAACUACCCGUCAUUAUGGGUCCAUUCACGACCAACAUGGUCGGUACUGGCGAGUCCUGUUUCAAGGCGCAAGUUCUCAGAAUUUCGGAAGAUCGACUCAAGACGAAUGGGGCUCCCUUAGUAGUUGCAGCAUUCAGCGCGCCGUUUUCUGUAUCAAAGGGUGCGCCGGCACUGGUUGAGCGCCAGUUCUAUGUUGGCGAUGAGCGAAGUACUCGGUUUAAGGUCUGGGAAGAGACGGGCAAUAGCAUCGCGCGACACCUUUGGGAUGCGGCCCUGGCCUCGAUCAUGUUCCUCAACGAUGUCACCAAGGGUGCUGACGUUGGCAUGCCCGCCCUCACUCAGCUUCUUACCAGCCCUCGAAGCUCGCCACUCCAGGUAAUUGAACUGGGCACUGGUUGCGGAAUGGUGGGUAUCGGGUUGACUACGAUGAUCGAAAACUGCGAAGUGCUCUUGACAGAUAUGCCUGAAGCGGCGGAGAUCGUUCAGCGCAACCUGGACCAAUCCAAGCCGAAGGAGAACUCAGUCGCGAAAUUCCAGACUCUUGACUGGGCUGAGCCGCCAUCAGAACUGUGCGACAAGUCAUUGGACCUGAUCCUGGUCUCCGACUGUACUUAUAAUUCGGACAGCCAGCCAGCCCUGGUUUCCUGUAUGGAGCGACUGGUCCGGACUUCCCCGGACGCAGUGGUUCUAGUAGCUCUGAAGCGUCGACACGAAAGUGAGGCUGUGUUUUUUGAGUUGAUGACAACGGCCGGUUUUGUUCCCCAGCAGGCAAACGUGAAGCUUCCCACCCAACAUGAUGAGUCGGACGAGAUUCAAAUGUACAGCUACCAGCGCCGAGCGGAGUAG